AGCCCCCCCCCACUCUCUCUCUCCUCUGUCUCUGUCUCUGUCUCUGUCUCUCUCUCUAAUUCUCUCUGCCAUUCAUUCAAUGGAAGCAUAGUUUUAUCUGAGCGCAUUUCCCAGUGGUCUCUUUCUUCAUAUGUCGGCUCUUCCGCUGCCGCCUUCCCCAGAAUCUCAAGCUUCCCCUCCUCAAGUAACUCAACUCCCUUUCAUCCCUCCUACAUCGGACAGACUUCCCCUCCCUUCCAAAUCCCCCCAUCUCUCCUGCUCUGCUCCAUAUUCAUCCAGCUGGUGAAUCGUACGAGCUUCGAUUCCCUUUAUGUCUGCGCGAUUUUGCUGUUCGAAUGCGAUUCCCCUGUUUAAUUUUUCGAUUUCUCUCGAAUGCUCGAAUCUUUGUUAAUUCUGUCCUCGGACUGUUUGUUAAUUCUGCAGUCAAUUUUUGACUUCUCCGUGUUCUCCGUUGGAAAUGGAUGGCCAUUGACGAAUUGGGUAUUCUGAAAGAUGAGUUCAAUUAAAGGGUGUGUCUGCUGAUAUGUUGUGUGCUGUUCGACUUUCAGGGAGAAGCCUUUGCCGCAGCCUCUGCUCUGAUCCCCUCUGUAUAUAACAUCUCAUCAGCAAAUAAAACUCUGUUUCCGGCAAGCCAACCAUGGGAGCUGCGAAUUCCAAGGUUGAAGAAGACAAGGCCCUGCAACUGUGCCGGGAAAGAAAGAAGUUCGUCAAGCAAGCCCUCGAAGGCCGGUGCUCCCUCGCGGAAGCUCACGUCGCGUAUGUCCACUCCCUCAAGGCCGCCGGAACCGCCCUGAGGAAGUUUGUCGAACCCGAGGCCCAGAAUGAGUCCUCGCUCUACUGCACUUCGACCAGCGCCACCCCCGAGCCACUAGUCUUGACCGAGAAAUCCCUCUCGCAGUUUUCGGUCUCGUCUCCUUCUGUUCUGCACCGUGUAGAAGCCACUGAGACUGCCGUUUCUCCGUCCCCAUCCACCCCUACCACCAGCAGGUUCCGGGCAGAUCACAUGAAAUUCAGGGGCAGCUUUCCUAAGGAAGUUGAGGAGAGAGUUUCUUCUCCUGCUACGGGCACCGUGAUCAUUUCGAGCACUCCACCGAACACCACGCCUCGUUCGGCGGAUACACACGAUUCGUCGUUGUUUGAUCAUCCCCCCAUCCCACCGGAAACUCCCCCGUGGGAUUACUUCGGUCUUUUCCACCCGAUUGAUCAUCAAUUUUCCUCCCAAGAAGGUAAAAGGUUGAACUCAAAUCGGUGGCUCGAACACGCUGAUGAGCUAAGGAGGCUCAGGGAAGCGCAGGGGAUCCCCGAUCUCGAGGACGAUGAAGAGAAGGCUUGUUCAUCUUCACAUGGAACAGGAGAAGAGACUCAGGAUUCGGAAAAUGAAUUCGACGAGCCUUCCACAGUUACCCUUGUUCGGAAGUUUGAAAAUGUUAAUAGGGUGAGUGAUCAGGGCAUCGCUGGUUCUUCUCCUUCGACCGCUGUGCCUCCAGUAGGAAGUGUGGCUUCGGAAACUGAAUUCUUGAAUGCAGAAGGAGGCGGUUCUCCGAGUACAUCAUCCUUGAGGGACGGGUCUCCAGUUGUGACUCCCCUAGCUACUAAAAAGAAGGAACUCGAUAAAGAAGAUCGUGCCGAAAAUAACAUCGAACCAAAGGACUUUGUCACGAGCAUUAAGCAUAUCGAGCUUCUUUUCGUAAAAGCUUCUGACUCUGGGAAAGAAGUCCAGAAGAUGCUUGAAGCGAACAAGUUGCAGAUUUCUCCAAUCAUCCCUGCAAACAAAAGUGUCUCUCUGGCAUCUGUGUACCUGAGGGCUUGCUUUUCUUGCGGGCAGGAACGCCGACAAGUUCAAGAAGAGCCUGCUCAAGCGGCUAUAAAGUACUUAACAUGGCACAAUAUGGCAUCAUCAUCUUCCCCCUCUUCAUCCAAUCCUUUGGAGUUGAGUUCAAAGGAUAGUGUGGAGGUGAAGAAUGGUAACCUUUUCAAUGACUUCUGCAUGGUAUCGGGGAGUCACGCCUCGACCUUAGAUAGGCUGUACGCAUGGGAGAGAAAGCUCUAUGAUGAAGUCAAGGCGAGUGAAAUGAUAAGAAAUAACUAUGAUGCAAAGUGCAAGCUUUUAAGGCAACUGGAGUCGAAGGCUGAGAGCUUUCAAAAAAUUGAUAAAACCCGUGCUUAUAUCAAGGACUUGUAUUCAAGAAUCGGAGUCGCAAUUCACAGGAUCGAGACGAUCUCCAAGAAAAUUGAGGAAGUACGGGACAAAGAGCUUCAGCCACAACUAGAGGAGCUGAUUGAAGGGUUAAGCCGAAUGUGGGAGGUGAUGUUCGAGUGCCACAAGCUCCAGUAUCGAAUAAUUGCAGUGGCUCACCAUAAUACGACUAAAAUCACGGUGCACUCCGAAUCACGAAGGCAAAUCAUCCUUCUCCUCGAGAACGAACUGAGCUAUCUGUCUGCGAGCUUCACAAAGUGGACCGGGGCUCAGCAGUUCUACUUGUGGGCUAUAAAUAGCUGGCUCAACAAAUGUGUGUCUCUUCGCCAGAUGCCUUCCAAGAGAAAAAAAAGGGUGGAGCCCCCACCUUUGAGGAACUUCGGCCCUCCGAUCUAUGCGACAUGCGAUGUCUGGUUGUCAAAGCUCCGCACCCUGCCUUCCAAGGAAGUCGCAGACGUCAUAAGAGCUUUAGCCUCAGAGACUCGUAAGUUCUUACCACGGCAAGAGAAGAGCCGAGGAAAGGGCACAAAACGUGCCCCUACAGCAUCAUCGGAGGCUGAUAACGUUAGUGAGGCAGGGCCCAGCAUGUCGAGAGAUGACGCUCCAGAGGACCCGAACUUCACUUUCGACCGGUUCAGGUCGAGGUUAGUGGGGUUCCUAGGUAAGCUGAAUGAGUAUUCUGAGUCUUCUGUCUUCAUGUACGAAGAGCUCAAGGGGGAAAUUGAGCAGGCCAAGAAUAAUUAUGACCGGUUGAUGUCUCGGUCACAAACUUAAGCCAUGGUUCCGAGAUCAAUAGCCUUCGGAUCAAACAGUUCCAUUAUGAUGUCUCGAUUGAUCAUUAGGGUCAUACGAGUAAUAAACGAAGCAGUAGAUGUUAUGUCCUGCACAUAUUAGAGGAAAUUACGAAUGUUGUAAUUAUUCGUAACGGUUAUCGGGCGUUGGGUUAGCAGUGACGUUGUACAUUGUUUCUGGGGGCUCAUUACUUGUAGAAACGAAACAUUACUCCUUUGGUGUAGUACAACUUCGACAUUUCUGUUAAAUGUUAUGAAUCAAUAGAAAGUGAAUGGAAUCGAAUUGCUGAUCAGAA